CUGUGACCGUCUAUGAUUACCUACUGUAUAGAUCUAUAAAUAUAACCUACGUGUUCCCGUGAAUCAAUCGUAUCGUAUCGUAUCAACAUGAAUUAGUUGGCCAAUGGAGGCGGCUUAUCUGCUGUAGAUGAAGAAGAAAUUUGUGGAAAGUAUUUAGUGUCAGUGAGUGAGGAAACACAUUGUGAGUGGCCCAGUUCGCGCUUGGUUGGGUUGAUGAGAUACUAUAACAGAGAACAUAAUCAAAUCCAUGAGAAUUCCCUUGCCCUAUGUGUUACGGGGAUACGGGACAAAUUACACAGAUUUACAUAGGUAUAAUAUAGAUAAACAUUCACAACAUGCAAGACCCAAGCUAUUCAGUAAAAAGUAGCAGCAAGCCACCAGCAAGCAGACUCAAUAGGUACUUACUACACACAACCUCCACCACACUCAAAGCGCCAUUAUACAGAGGCAGUCAUUUCGAAAUUGAUGUCGUACUCUAACUUAUUGACAUUAAUCAAAACCAAAACAUCUCGAGGCAAAAAUUACAUCAAACCUACAACCUCAGCUCAGACAUAAAUAAUAUUUUACAAAAAUACAAUAACUUUUGGAUUACCUAAUUUUAACAAUUAUUUUAUAAUCAAUUGUUGUAAGAAAUCGUGAUGGCUGGCCGAGGUCCUAAAAAGGAAAUAGAUCCCGAGGAGUUAAUGAGAAAGAAGUUCAAAGCGAAAUGCCAGUUUCGUGCUCUUGGUCGUCUGGUGAUGGCCAACACUUAUUGGUUGAUAGAAGCCGUUGACCAUUACGAAGGCGUUGAAGAUGUAAAGAGAAGAGUGGAACAGGCUGUACGAGGAAAAGCCAAGAAGAAACAACUCCUGACGAUACAUGAUAAAGCAUUAUUAAAUAAACCAGCUGAAGAAAGAACAGAUCAAGAAAAGAAAUAUCUUUACCGCAUUAUCGGAGGUCUUAAAUGUUUUAAAAGAUAUCCGAAUCACGUAAAAAAGAAGCUCGCAGCGGUGACAUAUUUCAAAUACUACAGCCCUGGACGAGCCAUAGUUCGUCAGCACCACGAGGCGCAUGCCCUUUACUUCAUCGUGACUGGUGACGUCGUCGUAAGUCAGCUGAUUUACGAUGAGCUAAUCCAGCAAUAUGUGUCCGUUGACGUCGGUGUCAUGCAUCCUGGUGAUAUGUUCGGAGAGGUUUCUCUGCUGCAUAACAUUCCCAGGACUGCUACAUGUACCACAUCAGAUCAUUGCGAACUCUUAGCCCUGAUGAAGGAGGAUUUCAAGAACGUUUUGCUCGCUUCAGUGCAGAAGCAAUGGGACGAAGUGAGAGAUGCCAUGUCAGCCUUCACAUACUUCGAUGCUCUUGACGAGGUAGCUCGUCGUGAGGGUUGUAUUGUGGCUAAAAUGAAGUCGUAUGAUGCAAACGAGACCCUCCUUGGGGACGGCGUGGGAGUGGCCAAUUUUGUCUACUUUAUUCUAUCAGGUCGUUGUCAGAUGGUUGAGUCAAUUCAAGUGAUCACUAAAACUCAUUUAGGGCGCAAUUCUUACACGCUAUAUGAUCCUUACAUACCUGUAGAAGAAAGCGAACAAGAUUUCGAUGAGAAAUAUUUUGGCGCGUACAAAAAUUUGAAUAAAGGCAGCAAAGAGAGUAGAGCUUCGGCUGAGGCAUCAGGGACUAAACAAGAUAAGCCUAGUACUUCACAGGUGAAAGCGGCUGAUGAUCAAGAUACAAGUGGUAUAUUGAAAUCUUCCAUGAGAAAACCAAAAUCAUCAGCUGAAUUUAAACCAGAAAAUGAGGAGAUUGUAAAAGAGGAAAGCAAGGCAGAAGUGGGAUUUGGGGUUAAUUCUGAAGUGCUUCACGAACCCUCAGGGUUAAAAGAAAUCACCAGCAAACCGCUCUUUUCGCGUGAAGGUGAACUAACUCGAGAAUCUGUAAGGCUUAGCGUUUUGCCUGAAGCUAUGAAGAUGCCACCUAAUGUAAAGACAUACUUUAUGCAGGUAUGUCAGUUGAAUCCUGGGGCCAGCUUCGGCUUCGGAGAGAACAUGCGUGACCGGCGGAUCGUGGCACUCACGCCUGUGGACUGCAUGUUGAUGCCAAAGAUAUGGCUGCUACAGAAAAAUACAGCUAAUAUCUGGACUCGCAUACAACAUUAUUUGGAGAAAAAGAUACCCACAAAGAAGCAGCUGUUCAAAGAGUUUGUCUCCCAACGGCGUUGGCAAGAUUUCCGCAACCAGAUGGUGGAUGACGUGGUCAGCCGCUCCAAUACCGUCAACUGGACUUCCGUUCAUGAUGUCCCGUACUCUAUCAGAAUGGAAGAAAUGCUCGAUAUUUAAUAUAAUAUGAUUUUAUUGUAAUCAGA